AUGGAUUCCAUCGCACGAGCUUUAUGUAACCAAAAUACUUUUCAGCUUUUUGAUAAGACGUUGAAUUCCAGUUUUCCACAUUUAUCGGAAUGCGUUCAAGAAUCUAUUUUAAUUUUAACUCCAUGUAUAUUUCUAUUCAUAUUUGCUCCUUUGGUUUUGUUUAGUCUUUAUAAAAGUGAUAAUGGACCGUUAGAAGCCUUCUCUCCUAUAACUGGGCGUAUCGUGAUAUGCGUUUUCUUGUCAUGUUACGGUGGAUAUCAGUUAUUUUUUGGUGCAUUUGGUCAUCAAAUCGGUCCCGAUUUUCAUAAUCUGAACUUAGUUUCUGCAACUGCUCAGUACUUGGCAUUCUGCAUCGUUCUAAUUAUGUUGUUUGCGAGUAAAAAGCGUGGACUGGUCACGUCUGGAGUUCUUUUUAAUUUUUGGCUUUUAAUGGCUAUUUGUCGAUUUCCAGAGUUCCGAUGGAGAUUGUCAAGAUUUUUGUACAUUGAGGAGAACGACCGUCAAUGGGUGCCUUUUGUUUUAUUUAUGAUUGCAUAUCCACUAAUUUUAUUAGAAUUGUUGCUGUCGUGUUUUGCCGAUACUCCUGCUUACAAAGUUACUGAUAGACAAAUGUGUCCUGAGGAGUCUUGUUCUUUUUUGAAUCAAAUAACUUUUAACUGGUUCAAUGGCCUAGCGUUCAAAGGCAGCAGGCGAAGUUUGCAAAUCUCUGAUUUGUGGAAGUUGAAAACUCAAGAUCAGUCUAAAGUCCUUGUUCCUCAAUUCAACAAACACUGGUUGCCUUCCUUAAAAGCAUAUUACGAACGAAGGCGUCCAACAUCAGGCGGAGCUCUUCUGCAGGUUCCCGACGAAAAAAGUUUGCCUUCUGUUAUUUGGCCAUUAUUUAAGACGUUUCGUUGGAGUUUUAUUAGUGGUGCAUUAUUGAAGCUUGUUUUUGAUCUUCUUCAGUUCGUUUCUCCUCAGUUAUUAAAGAUGUUGAUUUCUUUUAUUGAAGACAAAAGCAGCCCUAUGUGGGUUGGAAUAUCGAUCUCACUGUUUAUGUUUUUUGUUGCUCUUUUUCAAUCACUUGCGUUGUCGCUGUCUAAUUCUGCGAGGAAGAAUCGUACUGUUGGGGAAAUUGUCAAUUUAAUGUCUGUUGAUACUCAACGUUUUCAAGACAUGACGUCAUUUGUUCUUUUGUUUGGGUCUGCUCCUUUACAGGUUCUUUUAUCAAUUUACUUUUUGUGGCGGCUAUUAGGGGUUGCUGUCUUUGCCGGUUUAUUUGUUCUUACGGGGUUAAUUCCACUGAAUGCAUUACUUGCAUAUAAAAUGCGGACUGCCCAGGUGGAGCAAAUGAAACAUAAAGAUGAGCGUCUGAAAUUGAUGUCUGAAAUAUUAAACGGUAUAAAGGUACUCAAGUUCUAUGCCUGGGAAAAAAGCAUGCAAAAAAUGGUAAUGAUUACGGUAACUUUAUCUUGGUCUUGUGCUCCAUUUCUGGUUACUGUAAUUACUUUUGGAGUUUAUGUCAAUAUCAGUGCUUCGAAUGUACUUACUCCUCAAGUGACGUUCGUGGGAUUGGCUCUUUUCAAUAUUCUUCGUUUUCCUAUGGCAAUUUUUUCAAUGCUUUUUGGCCAGGCUAUUCAAUGCGCAGUCAGUAACAAGCGUAUCAAAUCUUUUUUGGCUGAAGACGAAAUUGGGAAAUUUGUUAUUGAAGGAAGUGAAAUGGAUAAACUUGAAGGAGAAGUUUGCGUAUCUGGCUCUGUCGCUUAUGUUUCUCAGCAAGCUUGGAUUCAGAAUAUGAGUUUAAAAGACAACAUAAUUUUUGACAGGCCUUUCGAUGCUGAUAAUUAUAAGCGCAUUAUCGAAGCGUGUGCCCUGAAAGCUGAUAUUGCUGCUUUGCCUGCUGGCGACCAAACUGAAAUUGGGGAGAAGGGGAUCAAUCUGAGCGGUGGUCAGAAACAGCGGAUUAGUCUUGCAAGAGCAGUUUACGCUAGUUCUGAUAUUGUCUUGCUCGAUGAUCCUUUGUCUGCUGUGGACGCCCACGUUGGGAAGCAUAUAUUUGAAAAAAUCAUUUCGUCAAAAACUGGCUUACUUGCGAAGAAAACGAGAGUUUUGGUUACUCAUGCCCUUCAUUAUUUGAAAUAUUGCGACCAGAUUAUAGUAAUGAAAGAUGGUACCAUCUCAGAGUGUGGGAAAUAUGAGGAACUGAUGAGCAGCGAAGGAGCAUUUGCUGAGUUUCUUGAAGAGUAUCUUGUUGAAGAAGCGAAGAAUCGAGGACGUUCUGUUAGUUUUGGAGAACAAGAAGAGGAAGUUAACGAAGUGUUGAAAGACUUGGAACGCUUCGAUCCUAUUAGAAGAAGGCGCUUUGAGAGGCACAUUAGUCAGGCAACAUACAGUAGUCAGGAGUCUUUAGAAUCAAAGAAUAUUUCCUCAAGCAUAGCUAAGAGUCCUGAUCUGUCGACAGCACGGCUUAGUAAUGGUGAUGCUGCUGUUGAGAAAGCAGUCCCGAAGGUUGGGUCUGAGAAAGGCGAUAGGUAUGAAAUAGAGCCACUGCUGCGGAAAGAGAAAAGCAAACCCGCGUCUUCAUCAGAUGACAAUAAAUCGAAGCUUAUAGAGAAAGAACUUGUUGAAAUAGGCCGAGUGAAGUGGUCUGUUUACGUAGCAUACAUCAAGGCCAUUGGUUACCUCAUAACCUGUCUGUUCGUCAUAAUCUACAUUCUUUCAUCAGUUUUGGGUGUUAUAUCAAACCUUUGGUUAGCCGAUUGGUCAGAUCAUGCGAAAUAUCGUAAUGCUUCAUCAGAAAACGAUGAUACAAAUAUGAGAUUGGGAGUUUACGCUAGUUUAGGCGUUGGGCAAGGUAACCAAUUUCCUUCUUGA